AUGCACGUUGUAGAUUUGGAUCAUUGUAAGAAGAGGAAACGAGGAGAGAGGGUUUUUAGGUUCCAUUCCUUCGGAGAUCCAGCAUGCCCAGCUGAUUAUUAUGGUGCUUUUAGGAACAAUGUUCGAAAGUUUUUGGAGGAGUUUGCAGAGAAAAAGGAUACCAAUGUGGAGGGAAUGCCUCUAUGGUCGAUUCUGCUUCGUGAGGAUUCUCAAUUUGCUCAGAUUCCUCUCUUUGUUAUUGAAGAGUCUCUUCAGAAUUCGCUUCAUCCUCACUGUGAUCACUGUCGAUGUAUAGGAUGGAGCCACCAUUUAGUUUCCAGCCAGCGGUAUCACUUCAUCAUACCAGCUGCAGUCUCGGAGAUAUUCAAAAUUGAAACCCAUCUAUUGCAUGGAAUGAUACAUUCAAAUGGGUUUGGACAUUUGCUGUGCAUUAAUGGACGGGAGGCAGGAUCCAAGUAUGUCUCUGGAAGGGAUAUUAUGGAUCUAUGGGACCGGAUUUGUGCUAUGUUAAGAGCCAGAAAAAUAAGCUUGGAGGAUGUAGCGAAGAAGAGAUCAAUGGAAUUCCGGCUAUUACACAGCAUAGCCUAUGGAGAAUCGUGGUGUGGGCGGUGGGGGUUCGAAUUCGGGCACGGCAGCUUCGGCGUAACGCAACAAAUGUACAGCAAAGCCAUUGAAGCCCUGCGUGGAAUGCCAUUAACACUAAUGCUCCAACAGUCAGAAGAAAGAGUGGAAGCAGAGGUGGCAAACAUAACAAACACGUAUCACAGAAUGAGCGGCCAAACACUCCAAACGCUCGGAGAUCUCUUCCGUUUCAUGCUGGAGCUCAAAGCCAGGCUACCACUUCAAAACAACAAUAAUAACAGCACUAGUUCAACGGAAAAGGCAAUAGAGGGCCCCGUGAUUUUGAGCAGUAUAAGCGAGGAUGAGCUGCCAUGCCGGUGGUCGAUCAAGAGACUCGAACUGGCGACCCAGGUGAUCGUUGAGGCGUUGAAGAAAUGCGACAAAAGAAAAAUGGCGCGCCAGGACGUGCGGGACGCCGCUAGGCUGUAUAUUGGCGACACGGGGCUCCUGGAUUUUGUGCUUAAAUCGCUGGGAAACAGAGUGGUGGGCGGUUACAUUGUGCGCAGGGCAGUCAAUCCUGAUACCAAAGUGCUUGAAUAUACUCUGCAGGAUGUUAAUGACGCUUUCCUCUUCCCUUCUCCUUCCCCUUCCCAUUCCCAUGAAGAAGAUGCCUGCGUAUCAGAUACAGACCCUUUUUCUGAUGUCACCAGAUCUCAGGUAUGCAGAGACAUUGUGUACCUGUACACACACGUCCUGGAUAGGGACCCAAGUUCGAAUCCCGGUAGCACCGCAGCCCGCAUAAUUCUUGACACGAAGCACUUCAUCAAAGACUACAGAGGUGAAACCACCCGAAAGGCAGCCAACACAGAGUUCGUCCUCGACGAUGACGAGAUGCUGAGAGUGAUGUGUUCCCUCCACGUGGCUGAUGACGUGGCGCAGCGUCCGUCACCUCCGCCAGAGCUCGUCCUCCUGCCACCUCACGCCACAAUCGGGGACCUGAAAAGAGAAGCCGAGGAAGCCUUACGUGAUACUUACUAUGCCCUGUCGGGAUUCCACGUGGAUUCCAUUCUCAAUCUAUGUGGCGAUGAUGAGGAUCUUCUUUUUGGUGCAAUAGAGUCCGGGUCUAUUGUGAUCAUACGUGGCACGGGGAUAGACAGGAACGACGAUUUGCUGUACGAGGGAGGCAGUGAUGACUGGAUCGUGGAGUGCCCUUGUGGGGCCCGCGAUGACGAUGGCGAGCGAAUGAUUGCGUGUGAUAUGUGUGAAGUUUGGCAGCACACGCGCUGUGCUGGAAUUUCUGACGUGGACGUCGUUCCUCAGCUUUUCCUCUGCAAUCGCUGUGGCAUCAACCUUUUUCACUCCAUGCUUUAAAUUACUCUUCUUCGCUCUCUUUAAGAUUUUUUUGAGUCUUUAUCCCCUCGUAUAGCAUGGGGCAGUUUCUACAA